AUGUCCGGUAAGAGAACCAAACAACAGUUAACGAAAGAUCAGGUCCUGGCACGUGGGGCUGACGUUGACUCUUCUGAUGGUGAAUCACAAAUGGAUACUCCACAAGUAGCAUCUGCUGAAGUUAUGGCUACUCGUAAAAUUGCUGGAGCCAAUAGGAGAUUCAUGAAGAGAGCCACUCGUCCGUCUGCUGAUGCAAAUGCCGCACUUUCUAUUAAGCAGAAUAAAACUAGUGCCAUUUUUAACGGGGAUGUUACUUACGAUUCUUUGACUAUCUCGCAAAUGAAGUCAUUGAAUGCAAAUUUCCUGAAAUCUGUUAAUGAUGGCAUCAACAAAAAUCCGAUUGCUGACUUUUCUGAGAUUUGUUCUAAAUAUUUAGAUUAUGUGAAGAAGGUACAAGAAAAGAAAAUUGACGUUAAGAGACUUGAUGUUCCAAAGGUAGAAAUCAAGGCUGAUGUUAUCAAGUCUGCCGAUGACAAAACAAAGCCAAAUCCAUUUGCAAUGUUCGCCUCACUUAAUAAAUCAACUGAGCCCGAGUCCAACCAAGUUACAGUGUCGAAGGCAGAAAUUUCCCACCAAUCUUCACAACCAAUUAAGGUCGAGGCCGAUCCAGAUUCAGAUAACAGUGAUGAUAGUGAGAAGAAACAAGUUGAAAUAAAAGGACCUGAGUUCAAGAUUGGGGAAUUACCCAAAGCUAAAGGCGGAUUUAAAUUUGGUUAUGUCCCUCCAAAAGAUGAUUCUGAUUCUGAGGAUAUUGAGAUUAAAGGUCCAACAUUUUCAACUAAUGUGAAGAUUUCAGAUGCUGUAUUCAAGUUUCCUACUGAGACAAAUGUAAAAAAAGAAGAGGUGAAGCCUGCAUUCUCUUUUGGAAAGCCAGAAGAUAAGAAUGAAGAGACUAAACCUGCAUUCUCCUUUGGAAAGCCAGAAGACAAGAAGGAGGAGACUAAACCUGCAUUCUCCUUUGGAAAGCCAGAAGACAAGAAGGAGGAGACUAAACCUGCAUUCUCCUUUGGAAAGCCAGAAGACAAGAAGGAGGAGACUAAACCUGCAUUCUCCUUUGGAAAGCCAGAAGACAAGAAGGAGGAGACUAAACCUGCAUUCUCCUUUGGAAAGCCAGAAGACAAGAAGGAGGAGACUAAACCUGCAUUCUCCUUUGGAAAGCCAGAAGACAAGAAGGAGGAGACUAAACCUGCAUUCUCCUUUGGAAAGCCAGAAGACAAGAAGGAGGAGACUAAACCUGCAUUCUCCUUUGGAAAGCCAGAAGACAAGAAGGAGGAGACUAAACCUGCAUUCUCCUUUGGAAAGCCAGAAGAUAAGAAGGAAGAGACUAAACCUGCAUUCUCCUUUGGAAAGCCAGAAGACAAGAAGGAGGAGACUAAACCUGCAUUCUCCUUUGGAAAGCCAGAAGACAAGAAGGAAGAGACUAAACCUGCAUUUACAUUUGGCAGCAAUACUGCUACACAACCUUCAAACACAACAAGUGCAUUUCAAUUUGGGUCGAGUAAUUCAAGUUCAGGGACAUCCGCUCCUUCUUAUGCGUUUUCUUUUGGUAAAAAAGAAGGCUCUAAAUCCGACACUUCUAACCCUUUCAAUUUUGGCUCAAACGCUACCUUUAACAACACUUCGUCCUCUGUUUUUAAUUUCACAGCACCAUCAGCUAAACAAACACAGUCUGCCAAUGGAGAAGAUAGGGAAAGUUCCAAGGCUGACGUUGAUCCAGAUGCGAACGAGGCAGAAAAGGAUACCGUUCAAGGUAGUUUUGCCGUUGUGAAUCUGACGAAAAAAGUUGAUGUCCAAAACGGUGAAGAAAAUGAAGAUGUGCUAAUAUUAAAGCGUUCGAAAAUUACGAAGUUUAAUACCGAGACAAAAGCUUAUGACAAUGUGGGUGUUGGUGAAUUCAAAAUUUUGAAAAACGUUUCAAACUCAAAAUCAAGAAUUCUUGUCAGAUCUGAUGGUUCAGGAAAUGUUUUGCUAAAUGUACGUGUUCUUCCUCAAAUGAAGUAUGAGUUAAUGGGCGAGAAAAAGAAUAUGCUCAGAAUUCCAUCUGUGACCUCUGAUGGGAACCUAGAAACCUACAUAGCUAGAGUUAAAACAUCCGCGGAUGGUGAAGAGUUAUUGAAAACUAUUCAGAGUUGCCAAUAG